AUGUUCAAAGGAAACUUGUGGUCAUCGAUCUUGUUGGUACUUGGUCUGGUCGCUGUUUUGGUGUUUUCGUCUCCUCUCGAGGAUCCUGGCACCAAUGCGCAGAGAUUGGCUAGAGGUCUCUCUCCCAACCCACCGAAAUUUUUGCGAGACAAAGUCAUUGCUCGCCGUGCGACUACGCCAACACCUAGGCUAGAUGCUAGACAGGGGACACCUUCUGUUGGACCAUCUGUAACAAUCACUGGCCGCCUUCAAGUCAGAAAUCCUCAAGAUGGUAACAUUUUAGGAUAUGUCAGAAACUGGUCUGGUGGUGGGACAAUUGCUGGAAUCAAUGCACUGGGCCCCGAGGAAGAUUUGAUCGUCAAAAUGACGUUUCAUCGCAGCGACCCGACGCAAAUCAAUAUCCUUGCCACUGUGAGUAGCUUUCCAAACCUUGAGAUAAACUUUGACCUUGGAUUCGAAUUUGUUAAGAAUCCUGCCUUUCCUCCUCCCUUUUACGUCGGAGCGGGAACUUUUGACGCUUUUACCGUUCCAACACUCGCUGCCGGAAGUCGAGAAACCGUACCAUUUACUAACGUUGAAAAGACACCCAAAGGCUCGCCCCCGAAAGUCCCUGCCCGACAAGCCUUCGUAGAGUCUGCCAUUUGGACCAUUGACAAAAAGACCCACGAGCUACACGCGCAAUGGAUCAACGAAGACGGUUCACGGCCUCCGACAAUCCUUGCGUACGACAUUCGCGAGAAUCAACUUUUCUUCGUUGGUGAUAUCGCCGCAUACAAUCUUAAUAACGACUUGCCAGCUUCUGCCGUCCAACUGUUCAUUGAAACACUAUCACACUGA